AUGGUCUCCGCAAAUAGUCUCUGGCUACUUUUCUCCAUCGCCAUCCAAGCCGGAGCCGCACCCACUUGCAAUGACUAUGGAUCUUGGUACGUCGAGGUCGUCCUCGCUGGCGGAGCACAAGGAGACCGACAGGGAGACAUCUAUACCACACACUCGAAGACUCCCCAAACAACCAACCAUGCGAGGUGGUAUUAUAAUCCUAGGGUCGAUAACACUACCUACACCCAAGAUGAUCCUACCCUCAAUGUUACCUGGGUCAGAGUUCUAGGCACCCAGACUUUUGAAAUUCAGCAAGCUGUCCUUGGUACGCCGCUAAAGGGGUCUGGGCCACUCACGAUGUACUUUAACCCAAAUUCUAACGGUCGAGGUGGAAUUGGAAACACUACAAUCACUUCUGAAUUGGAUGUGUAA